ACAGAUUUAACCUCCGGUUAACCUGCCGGUCUGUUCAAAAGUUCUGAGCGCGGACGGUGGAGACGGUCAGCUUAAAGAACCAUGUCCACUUUCAGAAAUCCUGGACAUCCUGCAGAGAUGUGUUUGCCUACUUCCUUGGCUGAUAUGACAGGUGAAGAAGAUGAAUCUAUUAGUGCGAGGAGGCUCGUGCCACUGCCGGGCCCAUCCCUGCUGGCCAGAAGGCUGUUGAACCUCCACUCCUAUCGAGGCUCUCUCAUUCCCAGCAGGCGCCGCAAGCGGGAGAUGACCCCAGCCGAGAAGAAGGAUGCCUUGUACUGGGACAAGCGACGCAAGAACAACGAGGCAGCCAAACGCUCGAGGGAGAAGCGGCGAUUCAACGAUCUCAUGUUGGAGGGCCAGCUGCUGGCUCUGAGUGAGGAGAAUGCUCAGUUAAGGGCUGAACUCCUGAGCCUACAGUACCAUAUGGGGCUGGGAAGAGGUGCAGACAUUGCCCAUGCACUCCACUCCAACGCACCCUUUCAGUGCCCCACACAGCCCCAUCUCCAGUCUUCUCUCUGGGGGUUAAGUGCCGCCAUACCACCCACAGAUUUGUACCAGUGUUGGCCCCAAAGCAGUUCCUGUUCUGCAAGUCCCCCUACCAACUCCUCCCAGAUUCUUUCACAGAAGAACCCACAAAGGAACGGCACCGUCCCCCCACAUGCACCAAGCAUGGACCAACCGGCAGAGCAGUCCACUCAAGGGAGCCGAUCAUCUGAGGCAGAUUCAGCAACUCACCAGCAGGUAUCAUCCACUAAUGAUCCAACUAAUGAGCAAGAGUCAUCUUCAUCCAACUCACCUUCAUCUCCAUCAUCCCUAACCACCCAGCCUACUCAAAACUGGCUUCUGACAGGGUUAAAACACCCCACCAACCAGCACAACAAUCUGCUCCUGCAGUGGGGCUCAUCUUGCCUGCGCCCAUCUCCUCUUCACGCCUGCUGGCCUCAAUCAUUCUCUUUGCCUUUUAGAGACUCUGAUGAAUCUCAUAAUGGUAUCAACUCCUUCUGGAACAUCAACGGCAAGUUCAGCAUGCUUUCUGCUGAAAUCUCACAGCUCAGAAGGUAUUUAAGGCCUGAGAAUCCUUAACAUACAGUGAUGGACUAGUUCCGAUUGCUUUUGAUGUAAAUGAUGUGAAAACUGACUAUGAGAUAAAUGUAAUGAACCACAGCAGUGUGUAUGCUUCUUGGCAGUCACCAUAAACUGUUAACUUUACAGAGAUUUCAUUACCGGUUUGUCAUUCUCAUUCAAUAAGUUGCAGCAUAGUGCAGAACCCUAUAUUAAAUACUUCCUGCCUGUUA